AUGGAAGCCAUUCAACCUCAACUGCCCUCCUUGAUCUCAAACUACAUUCCUACCGAACCUCGCAAAUGUAUCCAUGAAGCCAAAGACAUACAGACAUUUCUCCAUUCCAAAGCAUUCAGUCGAUUGUUGACGUUUAUUGUACUUCUCAACGGUAGCGUAUUGAAGAAGAAAAUAUCGGAUCCCUGCCAUGUUUCUCUGCAAACACAGCGCGUUCUGGAUAUGCUGGAUAUGUUGGAUGGUUGGCUCGCCGAGUUUCCACCUCUCCAGAAUCCGCAACGCUUUGGCAACAAAGCAUUCCGACAGUGGCACGAAAAAUUGCAACAGUCAGCGGACAGCUUGAUGUACAGUGUAUUGCCACAGAACAUGCACGACGCCGUCCCAGAACUGAACGAAUAUUUAACCAAUGCAUUUGGCAAUUCUGUACGUAUUGAUUACGGUUCAGGGCAUGAAUUGAGUUUCUGUGCAUGGCUUUGCGGAGUGACGAUGCUGGGAGGAUUUCAACCCGAGGAUUAUCAAGCAUUAGUCCUCCGGAUUUUCGUACGCUACCUUGAAUUGGUUCGAAAGAUCCAGCGCUCAUAUACCUUGGAACCUGCUGGCAGUCACGGUGUGUGGGGACUCGACGAUCAUCAGUUUCUACCCUAUCUUUGGGGAAGCGAGCAAUUGAUCGAGCAUCCUCGGUUGAAACCAAAAAGCGUCUUACAGCCAGAAAUUGUGGAAGCCAUGGCGGGUGAAUACAUGUAUUUUCGCUGUAUUCAAUACAUUGCUGAGGUGAAGCGAGGACCAUUCCACGAACAUUCACCCAUGUUGUAUGACAUUUCCACUGUGCCGAGCUGGAACAAAGUGAAUUCCGGCAUGGCAAAGAUGUAUAUUGCAGAGGUAUUGAAGAAAGUGCCUGUGGUUCAGCAUUUCAAGUUUGGUUAUUUGUUUCCAUUCGAUGAGCACGAGAAAGCGCACGCCUCCAAUUUGCCCACGAAAUAA